AUGUCAUCAAAGUAUGACGGAAUGGUUGUCUGGUGUAUAGGACAAGUUCGGUACCAUGGAGCGCGAGAAAACACCACACUUAUUAAAAUAGCCAAAGGUACGACUUUACCUGUUUUAUUAUAACGUGCACACAAAAUUACGCGCUUCUUAUUGGCUGAAAGUGAGUGCAUUCUCAGGUAACAUGAGUGUGAAUUCUAAUACGAACGCAAAUUAAAAAUAGUGCGCGCACGUUUUCAAAAUUUCGUCUGUCUUGACCUUCUGCGAUGUUUUAUCAUUUACAUUAUUAACAAGUAAAACCAUGAUUUCUCUUGCAAUUUGGUAUAAUAGGCACUCGUAAAUUUUUCAAAGACUACAAUAUGCACUUGCCCGACAGGCUCGUGCAGUUUCGUUGUCUUUGAAAAAUUUACUCCUGCUUAUUGACACCCAAUUGCAAGAGGAAUUAUGUUGUUACCUUUACUAAAACUAUCCAUCAUUUUAAAAUAAAACUAAACGGAUACUGUCUCAACCACGGUAUGGGUGGAUCCAGAAAUAUUUGGAAACGGGUGAGGAAAGGCAGGGAGGGGACGGAGUGGAGGCGAAUUGAUCAUAAAACAGUUUUUAUCGUGGAAAAUUACUCUUCGACUACUAACUCCCUUUGUUCUCCCUUCAUUCACUCGUGCACGAAAGAGAAAGAUAAAUAGAACAGAUGAAUUAAAGAAAAACCUCAUUUUUAAUUCAUACUCAUUUAGGCUUCCAAAACUUUUUUUUCCUUUCUCAGAGAGGCCAAAAAUUAGAAUAAAAAGUCCGCAACUGCUCUCGGUAAUCGUAGGAACGAUUCUGUACUUAGGCUGCAAUGCAACUGGUUAUCCUCCUCCCCGGGUAAUCUGGUUUCGUGACAAGGAAGUUCUUAAAAACAGAUCAAUUGAAGAAAGCACAAGUUUGGUACUAAGAAAUGUCACUAAAGACGACGGAGGAAAAUACAUUUGCAGGGCUACAAAUCUUCUAGGAAGUGAUAGUUAUGAGGUGCAAGUAAAUGUCACCGGUGAGUUUUAAUUCUAUAGACCUUGAAAUGGCACAAAACCAAUUUUUAAUACAAGCAAGUGAGUUGAGUUUCCAACACUUUAAUUCUUUAACUUACUUCAAUAAAAUUAACGGUCAUCGAAAACCGAAAAACCUUCUUGAAAAUUGACAAGACAAAAAAGGUAAAAUAAAUGAACAUAAACUCAAAACGUCAACAUAAAUCAUGAAAAAUGGGUUUCUAGUUUUGUAAAAUUGGCGAGUUUUAUCAUCUGCACUCAUGGUAGAACCAUAUAGCUCCUCUUACGUAAUCAGCCAAAGUGAGUCCGCUUCGCGGUCGUCCGAUUUUGAAAUCACCCGUACAACUACAGACUGUAUUGCCUCCACUCGGUCCUAUUAUCAUUUAAUUUGACCUUCUUGUUUGGUGUACAUUUGUUUUGCAGAGUUUAAAAAUUCGACGUUGCCGACACAAAUAGGUAUUUACAAAGUUCUAUUAUUGAUUUGUUUUCAUUUCUGGGAAAUAUUUUUUGGUUCUGCAUUUGUCUUCAUCGUGGAUGUGUCUGCUUUUCUUUAUUGUUUUUGUUUUGUGAUGUUUUGUUUUGUGUUGUGCUGUACUGUACAGUGUUGUAUUUUGCUUUUCUGGACAUUACUUUGUUUUUUCUUCUGUUUUGUUUUCUUUUGCUUUGCUUCCUUUGCUUCGCUUUGCUUUGCUUUUUGUUUUGUUUUGUUUUGCUUUGCUUUGCUUUGCUUUGCUUUGCUUUGCUUUGCUUUGCUUUGCUUUGUUUUGCUUUGUUUUGCUUUGCUUUGCUUUGCUUUGUUUUUUGUUUUGUUUUUUGUUUUGUUUGUUUUGUUUUGCUUUGCUAUCCUUUACUUUGCUUUGCUUUGUUUUCUUUUGUGUUGCUUUUUUAUUGUUUUUUUAAUUUUUUGAUAUUCUGUUCUUAGCUGUGCUGUGCUUUGUUUUCUGUUUUGUUUUGUUUUGCUUUGUUGUGCUUUGGUUUGUUUUUGCUUUGUUUUUUUUUGUUUUUUUUGCUUUGCUUUGCUUUGUUCUGCUUUGCUUUUUGUUUUGCUUUGUUUUGUUUUGUUUUGUUUUGUUUUGUUUUUGCUUUGCUUUGCUUUUUUUGCCUUGUUUUCUUCGUCUCGUUUCGUUUCGUUUCGUUUCGUGUCGUGUCGUGCCGUGUCAUGUCUUGUCAAUUCGUUUCGUGUCGUUUCGUUUCGUUUCGUUUCGUUUUGUCGUUUCGUUUCGUUUCGUUUUGUUUUGUUUUGUUUUAUCGUCUCGUCUAACGUGUUUCGUUUCGUUUCGUAUCGUUUCGUUUUGUCGUGUCGUGUCGUGUCGUGUCGUUUCGUUUCGUGUCGUUUCGUGUCGUUUCGUGUCGUUUCGUGUCGUUUCGUGUCGUUUCGUGUCGUUUCGUGUCGUUUCGUGUCGUUUCGUGUCGUUUCGUGUCGUUUCGUGUCGUUUCGUGUCGUUUCGUGUCGUUUCGAAAUGUAUAAUCUUAGUCGACUCUCCUUGGGUCCGUGGCGGAAUAAUUUUUAAAUGCAUAAGCGUUCCUGGAAAUUUCAGAAAAGUUUUGGAGCAAAGAAAAACUAUAAGCCCUUUCUAAUUUUUGGACCAAUUCAAGUCUCUACACAAUUUACAUUUUCUCGUUACCAAGGGGAUGACUUAUAAUUAUACUUGAUAUAUUCAAUUAUUAAUUGAUAAUUAAUUAUUAUAGUUAAUUAUACUGAAUAGAUUUUGUGUUUUGUAGAUAAGCAAGGAAGUCGAGGAAGUGAUCCCUACAAAGUGGCAACUUUCGUGUUGUUAACACUCCUGAUCCUUGCAAUGGUGUUUAUAGUUCAUUUAAAGAGACAAAAUAGACGCCUGAACCAAGGAAAUGCUUUGCCCGAAGUAUAAAUUUCACGAGCCAAGUAACAUUGCAGUUUUGGGAGAAAAAAAUGAAAAUUAAAAAAAAAUUAUCAAAAAAAAAACCAGAGGCAGAAAAAAAAAUGAAAAGGUAAAAAAAAUGCAUAGAAAAUGUGAAAUGUCUUGCGAGUUCUUUUAGUUGUGAUAGCUAAACUUCUUCAUUCGUGCACAUUAACAGAAAGCAAAGCCAAGAAUAUUAAUUGAAUGCCGGUAGAUAUCUAAAAAAUGAAAACAAGCUCGAACGUUUGUAAAGAUUCACUUCGGGGUAUAAAAAGAAAGGGUUUGUAAAAAAUAUCUGGAAUUUAUACUGUCAUUGUAAAAAGACAAAGAAACUGGAAAAAGGAAACAAAUCCAUGUAUUGCUUCAACUAAAAGAAAUAUUUCUUCAUUUUUGUUAUCCAAGGCCACGUGUUAUCAUCGUUUUAAAUAAUGUCUCGUAAAUGAUGUACUGUGG